AUGUACAACGGAAUCGGUCUCAAGACCGCUCGAGGCACGGGCACCAACGGAUACGUCCAGCGCAACCUCUCCAACUUCAAGCCGCGCGACAACCCGUUCAACAAAACAGACAAGGCAGGAGCACGCGGCUCGUUCGGGUCCGAUGUUCGCCACACUCAGCCCGACGCAGCCAUCCUCGAACACGAGAGGAAGCGUCGCGUAGAGGUCAAAUGCAUGGAGCUCCGCGUCCAACUCGAGGACGAUGAUGUGGAGGAAGACGAGAUCGAGCUGCAGGUCUCUGCGCUGCGAGAGAAGCUUGUGGCCCAGCUGGAACGAGAGAAGGAGCAGGAGGCUGCGAGAGGAUUGCAAGUAAGGACGGAAGCGAGCAGACCGAGACCAGGCGAGACGCACAAACGGCUCGAGGCCAAGCAGCACGAAGAUCGACGUUUCGCUUCUGCUGUCGGCGUAGAGAGUGGAUACCGUGAGGGUGAUGCGUUCAACCGCGAGCUGCAGGAGAGGAAGCGACAGGAGCGCAUAGAGGAGAGGAAGAAGGCGGAUGAACAGAGAAAGGCCGACUGGGAACGCAAGCGCGAGAUGCAACAGCAAGCGAGGCGGGACCGAGAGCGGGAGCAUGAUCGCGCACAGUCGAGCAGAGAUAGUGGAUGGGCGAGCCGCUAUCGUCGGUCCUCGCCGGAGGGGCGCAGGAGCCGUCGUGAAUACUCGGAUGACGACAGGUCACUGUCGAGGUCUGCUUCUCCAAGAGCAAAGAAGAGGGGCAAGUACAGGGAUGCAUCUUCCGACAGCGACUCACUCACGCUCCUCCUCUUCGCGCUCCUACUCUCGGUCGCCAUCACGCUCUCGAUCGCGUUCUCCAGUUCGUCGUCGACGAAGUCGCUCACUCACUCGAUCGGUCUCGCGCUCCCGCUCUCGUUCCGUGUCCAGAUCAUCUUACUCGUCCCGGAGCCGCAGUCGCAGCCGCAGUCCGCGUCGGGCCAGCAAGCGGAGCGUAAGCCGGAGCCGAAGCCGAAGUCCGAUCUUCCGCAGGGCGCGAGAUAG